CUUAAAAGGUAAAAAUCCACUGACAAUGAGAUGAUGACGGACCACUUAGCUGCCACUAAGCACAGGUGAGGACCCAAUUGGCAUUUGCGACUCGAACGCGCCAAAACUUUAUCCUACAGUCCUAUCCCUCAAAUACAUACAUAAUUCACCUCCCUACAAACCUUGAACUUAAACCUUCAAUAGCUUAUCUAACUACUUCACAUUCCUUUCUUUUCCAUCGCGACGAUCCUUCAUUCUCCCACUCUCCCCGCCACCAUUUUCUCACCCAUUACUACCUUAAUUCUCUUUUAACUUUACUCUAAUAAUACAACCAAUCUAAUAUAUCUCGCGCCUGGCAAACACCCCGUCAUGGCUACAAAUAUGACGUCCACCACGGACCUCCCGCCGCUCCCGGCGUAUAGUGUCACCGUAGCACCAGACUUGAUCUCAUGGCUACCCGACUUCUAUCUAUCUAUCAUCGCGCCAACUCUCGCGUAUUGGGUUAUCUCGAUAUUCUUCCACGUUAUCGACACUUUAGACCUCUUCCCGCAGUACCGCUUACAUACACCCGCCGAAAUCGCCCAGCGCAAUAAAGCCUCACGAUACGAGGUCCUGCGCGAUGUCCUCUUCCAGCAGGUCAUUCAGGCUGUCAUGUCCUUCGUUCUGGGCAUGACUGACCCGCCGCAAUAUACAGGCAUGGAGGAGUAUGAUGUUGCUGUUUGGGCUACGAGAGUGCGCCUAUCGCAGAGAGCUCUUCCUGCCAUGUUAAACAUUAUUGGAAUUAAUGCUGCCUCUAUGUCUAAGAAUAUGGCUGUCUCUCACCCGCUCCUAGCUGGUGUGCUCGCCGGUGGACACUAUCCCUUCCUGACCGAGCUUGCCGGAUCAGGUGGAAUUGCGGUACCUACGUUUGCCACCUGGGAACUUCUAGUCGCCAAGGCCAUCUACUGGGGUAUCAUUCCAGCCUUGCAAUUAUUCCUCGCCGUUACCGUCCUCGAUACCUGGCAGUAUUUCCUUCACCGCAUAAUGCACCAGAAUAAGUGGCUCUACACUACGUUCCACUCGAGACAUCACCGACUUUAUGUUCCGUAUGCUUACGGAGCUUUGUACAACCAUCCGUUCGAAGGUUUCCUACUCGACACAGCCGGUGCCGGACUCGCAUACAAGGUUGCCUUCAUGACCCCCAGACAAGGAAUCUUUUUCUGGGUCAUGUCUUCAAUCAAGACGGUCGAUGACCAUUGCGGAUAUGCCUUGCCUUGGGACCCUCUUCAGCAUAUGACCUCGAACAACGCAGCCUACCAUGAUAUCCAUCACCAGAGCUGGGGUAUCAAGACGAACUUCUCUCAGCCUUUCUUCACCUUCUGGGACAAGCUGUUGGGAACCAUGUGGCACGGUGACACUUCGCUGAAGUAUGAGCGAUCCAGGACCAGGGCCCAGGAAUUCUUGGAAGCGGAAGCCAAGAAGGCGUCUGAGAAAGCUCAAUAAACGAAUUAUCAUCACCCACUCGCACCGAUUUGGUGCAUACAUUCGCUGUAUCAUCCUAGGGACUUUUACUGUUUUUACUACCUAAGGCGCGACGGGGUAUUCUGGAUUGAAGGUUGAAGUGACAUGAGACCUAUACAAUUGGGGAGCAUUGGGAUGGGCGUUUCUUCUUGAGUCU